AUGGCUCAGAAAUUCAAGCCCAAGAAAGGCGGGGAACAUGCAUUCCGAUUUGAUGCUACCCCAACCUACCUCUUCCGACUAUACGCACCAUCGUCUGCUGGUGAGACAAACACGGUGCAAGUUUCAUCGCCGAUCUACAACCGAAGAACGCAACGUUUUUAUCGUUACGUGGACCUUUAUAGAACAGAUAUCCUAAAAUUCACGUCAGAACAGGCAGCUGAGAGAUUAAGCCUCCAUCUCUGGUGGGAAUGUGGGAAGACUUGCAAUCUCAUGUCUUGGUCAAGUUCGUUGUUGUUCUUGCUCCAGUAUGGUCUGUAUCACCAUACAAAAGACAAUGAGCCACCAAGCUUGUCCGACAUAUAUCUCAUCAUGAUCGAUACACGCGAGUACAAGAACUCUCAAGCGUUCAAGUCGAGGACAAUUGCGACUGUUGGUACAAUGAAAAUAAUCAUGGAUGCUCACCAAUGA